AUGGCAUUCCGUUCCCUCGCCGCGCUCUUUGUCGCAGCCACAGCUGUGACGGGCUCUGCCGCAGCUGCCGUCGAGCGGGCCUCCGCUGCUGCCACUGCCAAGUUUUGCGGGGCCCCGAACGAUUACCAGGUCAUCUCAGGGACGCCUUGGAUCGUCUAUUCGAUGAACUACAACUACAAGGAUAUUUCCGGGUCCUGCUGCACGGACUACUUUGACUUCACCGGCUCCGGUGAUGGCCAGACGAUUCACUGGUCCAGCGUAUGGGACAUUGACGAGGCUGUCGGGACCAAUGUUGUCAAGGGCUAUUCGUUCAUUGGCUUGACACAAAACCUGGAGACUCAGCUCAGCGCUAUUUCAUCCAUUCCUAGCACCUACGAAUGGACCAUUAGCAACACAACUGCGUAUAAGGGAAACGUCGUCUACGAUUUCAUGACAUCCGAUACGAAGGGAGACUCGACAUCAAGCAACGCUCAGGAGCUCAUGCUGUGGCUUCAGUAUGAAGGCGGUCAGGUCCCGAUCGGCUGGGCAGAAGGCGCCGUUGCCACCAUCAGCCUCUUUGGCAAGGACGGCUGGAAGCUGUACCAAGGCAAGAACACAGACACAGGAAUCACUGUCUCGUCCUUGCUUGUUCCAGAGAAUGAUAUGUACCAGGGUAACUUCACUGGGGACAUAAAGGACUGGCUUCUUGCGAUGUCUGAACAAGGAAUUUUCGGCACCGACACGUACGUCAACGUGGGUAACGGUGGCAUGGAGCCUUACUGGGGUUCGGUUACCUUUGACAACCAUCUGAGUCUGAGAAUCAAUCUCUAA